AUGCCUACCCAGAAGCCUUUUUAUAGACUACAGGCCUCCUUUCGUUGUACCCUUAAAGGAGGGAGUGAGAAAAGCUUUAUGACUUCCUCGAUACAGCAUAACAGGGGUAAUUGCAGCAGAUGCAGAAAUUCAACGGUAAUUAAGGGCUGCCUUAAUGCUAGCCUAAGAAAUCGAUACGGCUACAGCAAAGGAUCGAGUCAUGGCUCAAUAGCUGGGAAAUGUUUGCCCUAUGACAUCAACUACACCAUCUAUGAUAAGUCAGUAAAUGCAAUUGCUGUAGAGUAUUAUUUGCGAAUGGGUCUGAUGCUGUAUAGAGAUGUUGUAUUAUAA